UUUCUUUUACGAGAACGCCCUUAAGGUAUACCAUGUCUAAUAAAAGGAAUGGAAUUACUACUUAGGGGUUAUGCUUGGUCAUAUAUAAAAAAAAUUAUUACUGACACUAAAAAAUACUUGGUAACCUUUGAUAUCAGUCAAUUAGUCUAGGCUUCACUAUCUCUGAAUGUUUUUGUGAAACAAUUUAAAUUUUGUCGAAGAUACGAAAAUUAUUUUCCAAAUUUGCGUGACGCUUUACCGUCUACUACUCCUAUUACUACUUUUCCUAUCUAAUAUUUACUUCUAAACACUAAACAAUUCUGUCCCGCACGUGGACACAAGCUUGAUUUUUAUGAUACGACAAUUCUCAAAGAGACAUACAUCACUCGACAUUUUAUUGUCCAUAUACAAUAAAAGAAACCGAGAUCAUACAAAAAUUCAAUGUUUCCGAAAUCGAACACACUGGCCCACAAUCGAUCAUUCUCGAGUCCACGUUUAUAUCUCGUUGUCAAUAAAAAUAACAUUAUUAUCUUUUUGUUGCAGGAUGAGAGGGGCGAAAGCGAUAUUCCUUAUUCUAUUCUUCGGCCAUCUGUCAGCCUUGCCUGAUACUAUCCGAAUAGGUGGUCUAUUCCAUCCGGAGGAUGACAAGCAAGAGGUAGCGUUUCGGUACGCGGUGGAGCGCGUGAACGCCGACCGGGCGGUACUGCCGCGAGCCAAGCUCCUCGCGCAAGUGGAGACCAUCUCGCCGCAAGACAGCUUCCAUGCGUCCAAAAGAGUAUGUCACCUCCUGCGUAGCGGAGUGGCGGCCAUCUUUGGCCCCCAGUCGGCUCCAGCGGCGGCGCACGUCCAGUCUAUUUGUGAUACCAUGGAGCUACCACAUUUGGAAACGAGGUGGGAUUACCGAACACGACGAGAAUCCUGUCUUGUCAACCUUUAUCCGCACCCGGCUGCGUUGAGUCGAGCUUAUGUGGAUUUAGUGAGAGCAUGGGGAUGGAAAUCCUUUACGAUAGUUUACGAGAACAGCGACGGAUUAGUUCGUCUUCAAGAGUUGCUCAAAGCUCACGGACCGUCCGAACUGCCUGUUGCAGUAAGACAACUGCCAGAUUCUCAUGAUUACAGGCCGUUGUUGAAACAAAUAAAGAACUCGGCUGAGUCACACAUAGUAUUGGAUUGUGCUACGGAAAGGAUUAGGGAUGUGCUCCAACAAGCUCAACAAAUAGGAAUGAUGUCCGACUACCAUAGUUAUCUGAUCACUUCUUUGGACCUCCACAGCGUAGAUUUGGAAGAGUUCAAGUAUGGCGGCACAAAUAUAACUGCAAUAAGAUUACUUGACCCGGAACGUGCUGAUGUUCAAAGAGUAGUACGGGAUUGGGUUUACGACGAAGCCCGAAAAGGACGUAAACUACAACUGGGACACACGACCGCCAAGGAAAACAUGACUUUUAUUAAGACGGAAACGGCACUAAUGUACGACGCGGUCCAUUUGUUCGCCAAAGCCUUACAUGAUCUUGAUACGUCACAACAAAUAGACGUGAGGCCGCUUUCCUGUGAGGCCGAAGACACAUGGCCCCAUGGAUAUAGCCUCAUAAACUACAUGAAAAUUGUCGAAAUGAAGGGUUUAACCGGAGUGAUAAAGUUUGACCAUCAAGGAUUCAGAAGCGAUUUCACUCUAGAUAUAAUUGAAUUAACAAGGGACGGUCUACAAAAAGCUGGUACUUGGAACUCGUCUGAGGGAGUCAACUACACGCGAUCCUACGGCGAGAACCAGAAACAAAUAGUUGAAAUAUUACAGAACAAAACGCUCAUUGUAACAACAAUUUUGAGUUCGCCGUAUUGUAUGAGGAGAGAGGCCAGCGAAAAGCUCACGGGUAACGCUCAAUUCGAGGGCUACGCCAUUGAUCUAAUUCACGAGAUAUCUAAAAUUCUGGGCUUCAAUUAUACAUUCAAGCUGGCGCCUGACGGUCGAUACGGGUCCUACAACCGGGAGACUAAAGAGUGGGACGGAAUGAUAAGGGAACUGUUGGAACAACGGGCCGACCUCGCCAUCGCUGAUCUCACCAUUACCUACGACAGGGAGCAGGUGGUGGACUUUACAAUGCCGUUCAUGAAUCUCGGUAUUUCCGUGCUUUACCGCAAACCAAUUAAGCAACCGCCGAACUUGUUCUCGUUCCUGUCGCCGCUUUCCCUCGACGUGUGGAUUUAUAUGGCAACGGCCUACCUCGGUGUGUCUGUGCUGCUCUUUAUAUUAGCCAGGUUCAGCCCGUACGAGUGGGACUCCCCCAGGAACUGCCUAGACGAGCCGCCGGUGCUGGAGAAUCAGUUCACUCUGUUGAACUCGCUGUGGUUCACUAUCGGAUCCUUGAUGCAGCAAGGUUCGGAUAUCGCGCCGAAAGCGGUUUCCACCCGCAUGGUAGCAGGUAUGUGGUGGUUCUUCACUCUGAUCAUGAUAUCCUCGUACACUGCCAACCUGGCUGCCUUCCUUACCGUGGAGCGAAUGGACUCACCUAUUGAGAGCGCGGAAGAUCUCGCUAAACAGACCAAAAUUAAGUAUGGAGCGUUGAAAGGAGGUUCUACUGCUGCUUUCUUCAGGGACUCGAACUUCUCAACAUACCAACGCAUGUGGUCCUUUAUGGAGUCAGCCCGGCCAUCAGUAUUCGCGACAAGCAACAAGGAAGGAGAAGAAAGAGUAGUACGAGGCAAAGGCGCAUAUGCCUACCUCAUGGAGUCAACCACCAUCGAGUAUGUUGUUGAAAGGAACUGCGAUCUAACACAAGUUGGUGGGAUGCUCGAUUCUAAAGGAUAUGGGAUUGCUAUGCCGCCCAACUCUCCUUACCGUACGGCCAUAAGCGGAGCUGUUUUGAAACUGCAAGAGGAAGGAAAAUUGCACAUUCUGAAAACAAAAUGGUGGAAAGAGAAACGCGGCGGAGGGUCUUGUAGGGACGAGACAUCAAAGUCAUCGUCAACGGCAAAUGAGUUGGGGCUGGCGAACGUCGGCGGCGUGUUUGUGGUACUAAUGGGCGGAAUGGGCGUCGCCUGUGUUAUCGCCGUCUGCGAGUUUGUUUGGAAGUCGCGCAAAGUUGCCGUCGACGAAAGAAAGGAGGAGGCGUCGCUGUGUUCGGAGAUGGCGUCGGAGCUGCGGUCAGCGCUGAAGUGCCCGGGCGGGGGCGCGGGCGGCGGCGGCGGCGGGCCGGGCGGCGCGCGCGACGGCGCCGGCUCGCCCUACCUGCACUACGGCUUCAGCACCAAGAGCCAGCUGCACUAGCGGCCGGAGCCCGCCGCCUCGCCUCCCAGCGACGUGUAGGCAGCCCGGCGGACGCUCUCACGACACACACGCCGCUAACUGAACUAUAAACACCAGUACCACCUGCUGUGAAUGUUCUAUCUGAAGGUUCUAAGGUUCGGUUGUCGACUCAAAGUAGCGUAGUUGUUUACGAUAUAUUAUUGUAAAUAAAUUCAUUUCUUAUUUGUGUAGGCUAAGUGCUGUUGAUGUAAGCGAACCGAAUGUUACAUUUUAUAUUGUUUACAUAGUUCAAGUUCCUUUGGUGAAAUCAUGAUUUGUAGUGACAACCUUUGCCAAAUAAUCGUGUGCCAAAUUUAACGAUUUACUAUAUUUACAUUCCCGCUGGUGUUUCCCGACACUUGGCAAGUCUGACGUUAUUUUCUAAUCCACACACUUUUAACUCUUGUAUACAUUUAUAUGGAUUGAGAUAUACGUUACGGAAUAAGUAGGUAUAUCGAUGUUUUAUAUCUAUGAAUCGAUUAGAAUAAAUUGACAUUUCAUUAAUUAGACUAAGAGAAUGUUAAUAUUUCCAAUUAAAUUAAUAUGUAAAUAAAUCGAUACAAUGGUACUGCCAAAGUAGAAAUAAUAUUUAGACGAAUACAACUGAUGUUCAU